ACAAUGAACAGUACCUGUACAUUUACACAGUCAAUUUUAUUCCAGUUGUUUUUUGGCUAGUAUAUUUCGAGCACUGACAAACAGUCUUGGUCUCUUGUUAACAACAAACAUACUAUGGGAAUAAUAAUGUGCAAAGUAAUGCCAUUGUGCUGCCGGCCUAAUAUUGAUGAUUCAGAUCCAGCAGAUUACCAUGUUGCAGCACCUAAGCCAAAGCCUGUAUUUGGUGUCUCCCUUCAAAAACUGAGGGACACGGGACAGAUGCGGCAGGGAGUUCCUGUGGUGCUCAUACAGAUGCUGGAGUUUUUGGAACAAUAUGGUCUCCAUCAGAGUGAAUUGUUCCAUGCCAGUGGAUCAGAGGCACAGCGCGAUGCGUUGAGGGAAAGUCUGGAUCGUGGUGAGGUUCAGACUUUUUGCAGCGAUGAUGUCCAUGCCGUGGCCUCUCUGGUGAUUCUCUUCCUGAGAGAACUGCCACAUGGACUCAUCCCAGACAGGGACGCCAAACGGCUCUUGAGAGUCUAUACAAAAACUAAGGGGAAGGUUUUAAACCUCGAACAUGCAAAGAAAGUCCUGGGCAGUUAUGCACCUGAAACCUUCAACAUCCUGUCCCUGCUCAUCCACUUCCUGUCCCGUGUCAAUGCCCAAUAUCAUGUCAACCACAUGUCAUCGGAGGACUUGUCAGAAGUUUUUGGACCCUGCAUUUUUCAUGUUCCUGACAGCCGCAUCAAGCUAGUAGAACAGGAGCUGUGUAAUUAUCUUACACAGCACCUAAUAGACAGCGUCACAUUCCUGCUACCGAACAUGUACCCUCCCAAACCCCGCUGUGACGUGCUCUCUACAGGGGACUGCGCUCCACCACCAUCUUCUGCUGGUAGCACAUCAAUGGUCCCAUCCAGUCUGAGUGUGGGCGGAGCCAAAAGGACAAAAUUCUCUGUCUCAUACAUCAGGUCAAAGGGCUGUUGCGGAAGAAAAUGUGUAGGACCAUAAUGCAAAUAAGCAGUUCUGCAAUACUGCUGUUCACCACAGACUCCACGCUUCACAGCUCCCUCCGGAUCCCCUGGGAGAAACAAAGGCACGAUCAGACUCAGAUAAGCCACUCAAGACUUUCCCACUCCCUGCCCGCUUACCUGGACUGUCCUCUUGCCUGUGCUGUCUUCAUCAUUACAAAUAAACCUGCUGUCAUGUACACUUA